AUGAAGCAGGCUGGUUCUGGGGAAGGUAGUUCAGAUCAGCAGCUAGGAAGUAUUGGGAGGACGGAUCAGGUUCAAUCUAAGAAGAUUGUGGCACCUGUUAUUAAAACAGAGGGGGAAGUGAAAUUGAAUAAGAUUCAAGCUCCUUACAACAAGCUGAAACCCACUCAUAAGCAGAGUAGGAUGGAUUUUAAACAGCCUUUACUAUUUGCAGCUAGAAUGAGAUCGGUUAACAGGGGAGCCUGUAAGAAACAAACGGGAAACUACCUGCGUAGCCUCAUUAGAAAUAAUGAGGUUGUUUUUGUUGGACUGGUGGAAACUAUGGUGGAAGAUGUCAACAGGAGUAAUGUUGAUAGGCUAAUUGGUAAUGAGUGGGAUUUUGUUCAUUUUCCAGCUGUGAGACUCUCAGGAGGUCUGCUGGCUUUAUGGAGAAGUGAUGUAACUCGGUUUGAGUUGAUUACUGUUAUGGACCAAGUUUUGAUUGGGAUCUUGGUUUUUCCUAACGAUCAGAAAUGGAUAGUGGCUGUUGUUUAUGCUUGCAAAGACUACCAUGGUAGGCGCACUCUGUGGGAUACCAUUGGAGCCAGUAUUAAUGCUGAAUUCUCGGUGAUCGUGGAGGGAGAUUUUAACUGUUGCCUUGACCAAUGUGAGAAGAAAGGAGGGAAGAGAUUUAAAUAUUCAAUUUGCGCGCAAGAGAUGGCAGGGUUCCUGGUUGAUAACGACUUGCAUGAUUUAGGCUAUUUGGGGCCAAAAUUCACAUGGUCUAAUAACAAGAUUGGCAACAACAAGAUUUUGGUAAGGUUGGACAGGGUGCUUAUGAACACUGAAGGUUUGCGGCUGGCUCCUUUGGGCACAGUGAGGCAUCUUCUGUGUAUAGCAUCGGACCACAGUCCUUUGUUAUUGAAUUUGUCUCCUGGCAACCCAAGGCCCAGAAGCAAAUGGAUUCGCUUUGAAGAUAUCUGGAUGACUUACCCAGCUACGUGGAAAUUGGAGUGGAAAAACUGGAGGAAGGAAGACUACGAGCUGCCAGCUGAUGUGUUGAAUCAAAAAUGUCAAAGAACACUCAGGGCUUUAUUCUUCUGGAGCCGUAAUCGUCUUAAGGAGCUUGGGGGGCUGAAGGAUUUGCUUGAAGGCCGCAUUCAGGAACUCCAAAUGCUGGAGAGUUCUAAUGUGGGUCUUAGUGAAGCUCAGGAUCUGGAAUUGCAUAAGUUGGCUGUGGAGUUGAAUUCAACUCUGGCUCAAAUGGUGACCUGUUGGAGGCAGAGAGCAAAGACCAAAUGGUUGGAGGAAGGGGACGCUAAUUCACACUUCUUUCAUUCUUUUGCUACGGCUAGAAGACGUGGUAACAGAAUUGUCGAAGUCCAGAAUUCAAGUGGGGAGAAGAUCACGGAGCAGGAACUUAUUCAGCAGGAAUUCUUGGAGUUUUUCAGAUUAAAGUGGAGGGAAAGACAGAUUCGGAUGGACAAUUGGCCCAGUUUCUAG